AUGCUCUCCGUUCAGAAGAACAAUGAGAACAGGAGCCUGAAGACCAAUCGGCUCUUCCCGACACCGAACAAGCCAGACCCAAUGCCGCAGAACUUGGCAUUCCUCUUCACCAAGAUCACGCCGGAGUGGAAUGUCCUUACUGCAAUUUUCUGCACUCAAGUGCUGAUGGUGAUCGGCUACUGUGCAGCCUUGGCUACCUUUCCGGACUACUGGUGGACCUGCACGCUUUGCUUCGGCCUCCCGUUCUCGUACAUCGCCAUCCAGAACAUUUACAUCGAUCACGAUGUGAUGCACGGCGCCACUUUCCCGGUUUACGAGUGGCAGCGCUUUCUGACGCAUCCAUUUGCGGACUUUUUCAGCCUCCCGUGGGAGGAAUUCGUGCUGGAGCACAACAGGCAUCAUGCCUCAACUGUGGACUUGCUGAUCCAGGGCGAGUUCGGCUGGGACCCUGAGGAGUUCCAUUACGCCCUCCAGCAGUGGGCCGGGCCAUGGAGCUCCAACUGGUACAAGUACCUGCUCACCGUCCCGUUCAUCCCGGUGAUCCAUUUCUUCGGUCUGAAUGAUACCGGCUCUCUGUUUGCCUUGGAGUAG